UACAGUAUGUUGUAUUCUUUGAAUAUCGCCUAAUUUUUAUGCUAUCAUGUCUCGUAAAUCUGCUGGAAAACGCAAAAAGAAUGAAGAUGAACAUCUAGACUCGAUAAUUGAUGAAAUUAACACCAUUACAGGUGCAGAGUCUUCUAAAAGUAGAAAGACUCGACCUGACCACUCAAGUAAAAAUAAAGAUAUUGACAUCGUGCUGAGAAGAGACGAAUCUGGCCAGCGAAUAUAUCACAACCCAAGACGAUUGUCGCAAUCUAGUUGGGCAAGACGAGGCAGCAAUAUCACUGCAAACAAGGAAGGAUUUGUCGAGACAGACUCUGUGAACGAAAGCAAUCCAGAGUCAGUGGAAUACACAAGAUUGAACGAACCUGUUGAUCUCUUAACUGACAAAGUAGAUGAACAUUCUGAAACUUUUGAGCAAGACCUUGAUGCAAUCAUUGAACAGUGUGAGGAAGCUGUUGGGGAAAUGAAUGAUAAUACCACUGUGUGGCAAAAACGAAUAAACAAUCUUGAGGAAAACUGGGAGAAUGCUAGAGGAGCCAUAUUUCACAGUGUUUUGUGUUCAUUUGCCCCUCCCACUUCCUCAUUACAUUGCUCUAAAAUUGAUUGCCCCAAUGAUGCACAAUUGAGGUGUAAGCAGUGUGGUGUUUUUCAAUAUUUAUGUGUCAACUGUGAUGAAGAAGUACAUCAGUGUCAGCCGCUUCAUGAUCGUGAAGUUUGGAUUAAUGGGUAUUUUCAAUACAUUCUUCCAACUGAGUCAAUAACUGAUGAUGGAAAGCUUGUUCCUGUUGGUCGUGCAUGUCCUCUUCUUUACCCAACAUCUUGCUUGGUGUGCGGGGAAUCUACUUUGAAAACAUUGAACAGCUCAAAAGUUAUACUCAUCACAUCUGAAGGUCGUUUUGACCUCAAUUGGUUUAACAUACACUGUUAUCAUGUCCUUGGCAAUGGUCACCAAUUUCGUUUGACUAAAGAAGAUAGUUCUUGUGGUGAUACGCAUUGGAAAGCUGCAAAAGCUGUGUCGAAAGCGAAGAAGAACCAAGAUGAAACUGGAUUGACGGAAAAGAAACUCGCCGAUGCGAAAACGGAACUUGCUACGUAUGCACGUGAGAUUAAUUUAUCAGACGCUGAUUUGGAUGCCUCAGUUGUGUCAUGGAAAAGAGAUGUUCAGCAGUUUGCUACUGGUACGACUAAUGAUUGA